AUGGCCUCCUGUACGAGACCGAAAACUCAGACUAAUAAACCCACUGUCCCAGAGAUCGGGUCUUCAUCUUCUUUACAACAAGCACCUGGGAUUCGCAUAUUCGCUUCUAUCCGUGAAAAUUUCGGGCGUAAUGCGCUUCGCACAGCUCGCAGCUGUGAGACAUUCACCACCCGAGAGGCAGCAACAUAUGAGCAGCUUCGUUUUCUGCACAAAUGUGUUCGCGAAGGACUGACACCGAAGAGCCUACGCUACAAGACUCCAGUGAAUACUGAACUUGGUAGAAACGUUGCGCAACGCUUUCGCAAGCAAAUGACAAGAGUGUUGAUUAACGACUGCCACUUGCGCCUACACAAGUACCGCGCCGUCAUUGAACAGAAAAGGACAGAGUGCGCGACAUUGUUUGGCGAAUUGGUUACUGAUUCCCUUGGCCGAACAAUAUCCAUCUUUGCAAAAAGGAGACAAGAGUUAAAACGCACGAACCUAGAGCAGAAGUUCGGAAAGUUGAAACCCGAAUACAAGACGAACGAAAAUGUGGUGCACAAUCUAUCUUCCAGACAGUUAACUGAACAAGAACUGAGAGUGCUGAGUCGUGAAGUCAACUUUAAUGCGGCAGAUGCCAAACCGGCCGAAUUUAUCGCCGCACUUGAAGCCAUGUUGGUAAGAACCAACGCGACCGACGAGGCUAAACACACCUUACGCCAAAAAGUCACCUCUCUACUGCUGACGAACAGGCCCAUCAAUAAUAUGUCGCCCGCAGAAAUAAAAGCAAUGAAGGAAUUAAAAAUGGACAGAAAUAUAAUAGUGCUGCCAGCCGACAAAGGAAGAGCAACCGUCGUGAUGAACCGCGUUGACUACAACGAAAAGGCACAAUCCCUCCUAGACGACCAACAGUCCUACAAGUCCACGCCUCCCUCGCGAGCCAAAUCGAUGAUUGGUCAACUAACUGGACUCCUGAACGGACUCAAGCGAAACAGUGCUAUAUCGCUGGACGAAUGGCGACAGAUGAAACCAACGGACACGGCACUGGCCCGGUUUUAUGGAUUACCCAAAAUCCACAAGCCCAAUGUUCCCCUUCGACCAAUCGUUGCCUUGAAAGGCAGCCCCACUUACAAUCUAUCCAAGUGGAUGGCCCGAAAACUUAACUUUCUCCGAGAAGGCUAA